CAAUAAUAAUAAUAAUAUGAAUGUACGAAUGAAUUGUAGUUCGAAACAAAAACGACAACGUGAUGAUUCAAAACAAACGGUUGGUGCAAGAACAACAACACAGCAGCAAGAUUCAGCAAUUAAAUCAAGACAACCGAUGAAAGAAACAACAAUAACACAGCAAACAUCACCCGAAAAAUUAACAGCAACCGCAACAACAACAAAAACAGCAUCAAAAACAACAUCCGAAAAUCCACUUUAUAUAAUGGAUGAAAAUCAAAUGUUGGAAUUGUUUAAAAGUUUUCUUAAAAAUAUUAGCUAUCAACAAAAAUUACAAAGAGAAUCAGCAUCAUCAUCAACAGCAGCACCACCAACAAAUCGUGAAAAAACAUUUGUCGAUGAUAAAGAUGAACUUGAAGAAUUGAAUGCCGAAAUGAUUGAACUUUUUGGUCAUAUUAAUACUGUACAAAGUUCAUAUCAGGAAAUUGUACAAUCAUUAAUAUCUAUACAGAAAAAUAAUCGUCGUCAUCAUCGAACAGGUAAUACUAGCCGUACGACAACAACAAUUACAAAACAACCACAAUUAUUACCGAUGGUUGGUGAUUCAAAAUGUAUUGUUGGUGCUGCGGCUGGUACAGGUGCAGCAGGUGCAGGUGGUUGUGAAUUAAAAACAAUGACCAAAGAAAUGAUAAAAACCGAAAAUCCAAAACCAAUCACUUUAGAACCAUUUAUGAAUCCAUCAACACGUAAUGAAUCAUUUAAUCAAUUAUUUCAACGUGUUGAUCGUAUUCGUACCGAAACUGAACAAUUUCGUACAGCAUUUACAUCCGAUGGUACAUUACAACGUGAAUUAUAUGAUAAUAAUAAAAUUACAUUUGAUCAAUAUAAAUAUUGGCAUGAACAGAUACAAGAAUUGGCUGCAAUUGUUGAAUUAAUUUUGCAAGAAUAUAAUCGUGAAGUGCUUGAAUUGUUUCGUCUUUCGCAAACUCCAUCCGAAUAUUGAAAAAAUGAACCGAACCGAGCGAACGAACAAAUCCAUUUGAAAUCAUCAACAACAAUCGAAAAAUUCCAAUCACAAUCAUCAGAUGGCAG